UAUUAUUAUUCUCUGCACCCUUCAAACGUAGGACGUUGAUCCUACGCAAACAUCGAAUACGAAUACAGAACCUUCUAGAACCCCUCUCCCUUCUCUAUAAUUUCUCUCUCUCAAAUUCUAUUUUUCUUCAGUCAAGGCCUUUUCAAUUUCAACCCUAACCCUGAUUUUCGCACUUUCAUUCUCCAAAUCCCCUUUUAGUUUCAGGUUUUCCUUAUUUUUAUUUUUGGGUCUCUCUAUUUUGAAGUUUAAGCCAUGGCAUCAAAACGCAUCUUGAAGGAGCUGAAGGAUUUGCAGAAGGACCCUCCUACAUCGUGCAGUGCAGGUCCCGUGGCCGAGGACAUGUUUCACUGGCAAGCAACAAUCAUGGGACCAACUGAUAGCCCGUAUGCAGGUGGUGUAUUCCUAGUUUCAAUUCAUUUUCCUCCAGACUAUCCAUUCAAACCACCAAAGGUUGCAUUUAGGACUAAGGUAUUCCACCCAAACAUCAACAGUAACGGAAGUAUAUGCCUUGACAUUCUGAAAGAACAAUGGAGCCCAGCACUAACCAUUUCCAAGGUCCUUUUGUCAAUUUGCUCCUUGUUAACGGAUCCCAACCCUGAUGACCCGCUUGUUCCUGAAAUUGCGCACAUGUACAAGACGGACAGGACAAAGUAUGAAACCACUGCUCGCAGCUGGACACAGAAGUAUGCCAUGGGAUGAUCAUGCUCCCUCUUUUUGCUGUCCAAUGUGAUUUUUAUGAAGAAACAAAAGAUACUUUUCAAUGAAUGCUUUUUCUUUACUUGUCUGUGGAACUCAACUAUGGUGAGGGAAUUGAUUAUCAUAUGUGAAUAUUUCUUUGCAAGACAUCGGUAAUGGAAGAAAUUGUAUUGUAAUGUCAUGCAAACUUUCUACUUGUUGACUUGCUAUUCUAAACAAGUGAUAAGGAAAUUAUGGUUAUGACAAGGUAGUGUUUUCCUAUUUACGUAGAACUUGAUUCUUUUUGGCGCGUGACAAAAGAAAAAAAAAUCUGAGUGGGGUUAGAAAAAUUCUCCAAAUCUUCAUAAUAGAUUGUUUUAAUUUAUUUUGUUAUUGCUCAGACCUUGAGUUCAUUGUGUAAAGGGCCCUGCCAAUUGUGCUUAAAAGACUGGGCUUUAGCAAAUAGUGAGCGAGCUAUCCCAAGCAUUAUUAUGGUGAUAUUUUGCCACAUGUGAAUCGCUUCUUUUUUUUUCCUAAACCUCGUGUGAAUUACUUGAAUUCGCAAAAUGGUACCUCCCGAAAAAAUUGAAUUCAAGUUGUAUUAUUGG